AUGCGCUCUUCAAUCUGGCUGGCUGCAGCUGUGGGCAGCGCCACCACGUUGGCUCUCGCUACUAUUGAGGCCGUGGGAAACAAAUUCUUCACCAAGGAUGGUGCCCAAUUCUUCAUUAAGGGAAUUGCGUACCAAUUGGUACCCGAUGACCCUUUGAUCGACACCGAACAGUGUACGCGAGAUGCCACCUUGAUGAAGACUCUAGGCGCCAACACGCUUCGAGUUUACCAUGUGGAUUCUGACGGAGACCACGACGGCUGCAUGUCGGCAUUUGCAGAUGCUGGCAUCUACCUGAUGAUUGAUAUGGAUACCUUCAGUACCUACAUCUUGGCUGAGAAUCUUUAUUGGAACCAGACUCAACUUGACCAUUACUCCAAAGUUAUGGAUGCUUUCCAGGGUUACGACAAUCUGCUUGGCCUGUUCGUUGGAAAUGAAAUUAUCACAACGAACAACCAGUCACUCGCUGCUCCGUUCAUCAAGGCUGCCGUGCGCGACCUGAAGGCCUACCGGAAUUCGAAGGGAUACCGCGAGAUCCCCAUCGGCUACUCCGCGGCUGACAUUGCUGAGCUCCGACCCAUGCUCCAGAAUUACUUGACUUGUGGUGGAAAUGCGUCAGAGAACGUAGAUUUCUUCGGCCUGAACUCGUAUGAAUGGUGUGAUCCCGCAACCUACCAGAACUCGGGAUACGCGAACCUGCAGGCCGAUACUGCCGACUUCCCUGUUCCCAUUUUCUUCUCCGAGACAGGGUGCAUCAAGCCUGGCCCGCGUUUGUUCCAAGACCAGACUGCUAUCUUCGGCCCAGAAAUGGUGAACGACUGGAGCGGUGCCAUCAUCUAUGAGUGGAUCCAGGAGGCCAACGAGUAUGGCCUUAUCUCAUACGGCCCAGCAGUGGCUGCUACUGCGACCGGUGAGAACAUCGACGGUGGAUAUACCCGCAAAGGAACGCCAACGCCCAAGUCUCCUGACUUCACCAACCUGCAGAGCCAGUGGGCUACCAUCACUCCGACUGGGGUGGCAAAGUCUGCGUACGAUGCCAAGAGUGUCUCGACGCGAGAAUGCCCCAAGUCCACAGCUGGUGGGUGGCUUGUGGAUGGUAAUGUUGCCCUUCCCAGCCUGGGUGCCACAUUCACUGGGUCCAGUUACUCUGCGGUGCCCUCCGCAACCGGCACCGGCACUGCCGCUGAGCCUUCGUCAACAAAGAACGCAGUCUCCGGAUCCAGAGAGGUCACUGGGAUGGCUGCAGGCCUCGCAAGUGUCAUGAUAGUCUUCACUUUCUGGCUGUAA